UACGCUCUCAGAAGAAGAUAAUGUCUCUUAUCCACUUACUGGCAAUGCCCACGAAGCUCAAGGAGUUGCAGACCAAAGUAUCUCAAAAAACGGGUCACCAUUACUACUGGGAGUACGGGUACGUAACGGCAGGCUGGAAGGAGCAAGAAGUUCCCAAACCAAAAUCGGUCGGCAUGACGGCGCGAAUUUUUGGAUUAUGCUCCGGCUUCGGUGGCGUAACCGAAAUCAGACUUCGUUAUUCAGACUCCUACUUCGUGUCUGCAAUGAUAGAGUUUAGACAAUACAACGCUUACGUGGCCGGGUACGACAACAGUAAGAUGAAAAGGUUUCCCAAGAAGCAGAUACCACAGCCCGACUUCACCUACUUCUCUAUUGCUGUCAGGAUACACAAGUCGGAUUAUCUUGCCUCGCUGUACGAGGAGACCGUCAUGUACACGGAGAAAGUCGGCGACAUCAUGGGUUAUAAAUACGACCUUGGUUUUAGAACUACCGAUCAUUCUAUUCUUUCCCUGCAUAUCACAAAUGAAGUAACUGAACGGACAUCACCGUACUGGGGAAGCGAUUCAGUGGCACCAUAUUAUUUCCCACUAAACACAGUAGCCGUCUACACAGUGUAUGUGACGGAGAGCAACCCUUCCGAGUGA